AUGUCGGACUACAGCUCGCCUUUCCUGAACGACCAGCUCUCCAAGCGGACGUUCAUCUUUGGGCUCCGCCUGUGGGUCAUCGUGGGAGUCUGCGUCGGCGCUGGCUUCGUCCUGCUCCUGUUCCUCAUCUCUCUCUGGAUCGUCUCCAGGCGCAACAGAUCGCUCUCCCACCACUACCCCCAUCAGCACCUCCCCAAGGCCUCUCCGAAGACCACCAUUAUCCCACUCGUCACCAAGGAGAUCCAGGAAAUCCGUGUCGACCCCUCCGACGCAAAAUCCGCCCCCCAGAUCUUCCAGACGCCCACGCCCUUCUCUGAACCGGAACAGCGCCCCCAAUCGGCGGAGCGGCAGGGGUUUCUUCCGUCCCCGCAAGAACAGAGCCCAGCGGGGCGCCGGAUGAUACACAUUGACAUCGGGAAGGACCAUCGGAUUACGUUCCCGGAGCGAGGGAGCGGAGGCGGCGGCGGUGCCUCGUCUCACGCAAGCGGGGAGUACAGGUCGGCGGAGCAGCCGUCCAUCGCCGUCCCCGAGGUCUCCCAUUUGGGGUGGGGGCACUGGUACACGCUCAGGGAGCUCGAGGCGGCCACCGGUGGAUUUGCAGACAACAAGGUGAUUGGGGAAGGUGGGUACGGCAUCGUCUACCACGGCGUCCUCGAGGACAACACUCAAAUCGCCGUGAAGAAUCUUCUCAACAACAGGUUGCCCUCAUGUCUGGCCCUCAUGCAUUUGACAAUCUCGGAGCAGAUCCUUGCUGGAUACUCUCCUUCUAUACGAUUUCUGUGAUAUUCGUCGAACUGGCUGAUCCUUCUCAAACGAGAAUUGCAUCUACUAAAUGCAUUGAUAUCUAGUUCAAAAUCAGAGUAGCUUCACUACUCUUCUUCCGCGCAAUUCAUGGCGGUCUGCUCCUGAAUGGAUUGUCCUUGCAGGGGCCAAGCAGAGAAGGAGUUUGAGGUGGAAGUGGAAGCCAUUGGACGAAUUCGUCACAAGAACUUGGUAAGGCUGCUUGGAUACUGCGCUGAAGGGGCUCACAGGUACGCAUUGCGCCACAUUCUCCCUGGAGAACCAGGCUGGGAUUUCUGAUAUUGCUCCCCAUUCAACCCCCCUUUCCUUCUCCUCUUUCUGCUUGUAGGAUGCUGGUAUAUGAGUAUGUAGAUAAUGGAAACCUGGAACAAUGGCUUCAUGGGAGCCUCGGAUCCACCCGCCCUCUCUCAUGGGACAUCCGGAUGAACAUCAUUCUUGGAACUGCAAAAGGGUAAUUUCCAAAAAGGGAAAGAGAUCCCACUUUGCAUUUUCUCAUUUGGAUGGUCUCAAUGGUUGACUUAAAUUCAUUAAACUUUCUCCAGGCUAAUGUACUUGCAUGAGGGGCUUGAGCCCAAGGUCGUUCAUCGUGAUGUGAAGUCCAGCAACAUACUUAUUGACAGGCAGUGGAAUCCCAAGGUAUCUGAUUUUGGGCUUGCGAAGCUCUUGGGCUCGGAGAAGAGCUACAUCACUACCCGCGUGAUGGGAACCUUUGGGUUUGUCCAGUUCUCUUUGUCUCAAGUCUUGGUUGACUUAAUUUCUAUGGUUGACUUAAUUUGGUCAAUACAUCUCUCCAUCCAUCAGCAACCAAUCUAUGCUUCCACAGAUAUGUGGCUCCUGAAUAUGCGAAGACCGGGAUGCUGAAUGAGAAGAGCGAUGUGUACAGUUUUGGGAUCCUCAUAAUGGAGAUAAUUUCGGGAAGGAAUCCGGUUGACUACAGCCGCCCCCCUGCAGAGGUCAGUUCUUGGUUCGGCAGUUGACUGACAAGGUUGUGCAUUCGCAGCUGUUGGUCAAAGUCAAUAACCCCAGUGGAGUUUUUCAGGUCAACCUUGUCGAGUGGCUCAAGAACAUGGUUACUGAUAGGAACUCCGAGGGUAUCUUGGACCCCAGAAUACCCGAGAGGCCUCCAUCAAGGGCACUGAAGAAGGCUCUUUUAGUAGCACUGAAAUGCGUGGAUCCUGAUUCUCAGAAGAGGCCGAAGAUGGGGCACGUGAUACAUAUGUUUGAAGUCGAUGAUUUCCCCUACAGGGAUGUGAGUGUGAAUCCCUACCCGUUAUGGUUAUUUUCCAUUUAAAUAUUUAUCUAGUGACAUUUAUGCAGGAGUUAUCGAUUUAGUUAUUCUCAUUAAUCCUCCGGUGUUAAUUUUUAGCUAUUUUUCUUUAUAUUACUUAAUUUGGGAUGGAUUCAGUUCUUCAAUUGUUCUAUGUUUCCUUGAAUUUCUGACCGCAGUCUGCCCUGAAUUAGAAAUAAAACAGUGAUAUACUCAUGCACUGAUGGGCAAUAUUCUAGCAAUCAUCUGGCAUGAAAACAUUAGUUUUGUGUUCAAAUUAAAAUAAUAAUAGUAGAAAUAAAUAAUAGUAAUUAAAUGAAACGGCAAGAACAAUUCCUUUUGAACUGAAUUAUAGGAGACGACUCCUGCCCACUUUCUUGGCUACAAUUUAUAUAUUGUUCUAUCAAAAUAAAUAUUUUUUAUUACUAUUUUUAUUUUAUUUUUUAUGAUCAUCGAUGAGGCAGCCACAUUCCAGUACUAAUCUGGGUUGGAAACAUUGAGUCUGGAUCUGAAUCAAGAGAGAAAACUAUCAUCAAAGCAGCGUAUACUCGCAUGAUUACAGAUCAUCAAACUUUUUCUGCAUGAUCACUGAUGGGCAAACCCAAUUGAUGUCCAGGAACGCCGAGUGACUCGUGAAGCAGGGAGAGCCCAUAAAGCACACUUCCCCGACAAAGAGGCAGCUGAAGCAGGUGGCAGCAGCAGUGGUAGAUAUGACGACGGCAGCGUCUCUACUAGAGUUGAUGGAGGAAGGGAGCUCAGUGGGUAG